UCAGGCCAGGCUGUAGACUGAGAUGGGCAAUCCAUGGGGAAAGGGCAGGGUGUGAGAAGCUGGACCAGAAAGAUCAACCGACAGGAUAAGAGCCAGCAGCCCAAGCUGAGGGAGAUCCAGCCCAGCCAGCCCACCACCUCACUCUCACCUGACUUCUCUGGAUCUUGGCCUCCUGAUGUCUGCGUUCUGCGUGCUGCUGCGUGCUGCGUGCUGCGGCUUAGAGCGGACUGCCCUGACCCGGAGACCAGGUGGAGAGUCUUACCUGGAGCACGCGCGCGCACAAGGUGCAGCGGGUCUCGGCGUCGUGCUCCAGCUCGGACUCGGUGUCAGCUGCGCGGCGUCUCGGGGCUGAGGCCCGGGGCAGCGGAGGCCCGAAGGCCAGCGGCACAUGAGGCGGCGGCGGCGGGCAGAGAUCCUGGCGGAAGUCGGCGCGCAGCCAGCGCAAGGUGCAGAAACCGGAGACUGUUGGAAAACUGGGCUUGCAAGAGGGCGGAAGUGCUGUGUUUACUGACGCCUUAGUAAGGGCGGAAGUAGAGACCUCAACGGAAGUGGCCCUAGUAAGGGCGGAAGCAGUGUGGCAGGGGUCCGAGCAGGGGUUCUCUCCCCGCUGGGCCGUCGCCCCCGUUGUGCUGCCACAAUGGAACUCAGCGCCGAGUACCUCCGGGAGAAGCUGCAGCGGGACCUGGAGGCGGAACACGUGGAAGUGGAGGACACGACUCCCAACCGUUGCGCGUCUAGCUUCCGAGUCCUCGUGGUGUCGGCCAAGUUCGAGGGGAAGCCGCUGCUUCAGAGACACCGGCUUGUGAACACUUGCCUAGCAGAAGAGCUCCUGCACAUCCAUGCCUUUGAGCAGAAAACCCUGACUCCAGAGCAGUGGACCCGUGAGCAGCAGAAAUAAGGGACCCAGACCUGCACAUCUAUUAAAUUAUGAGUCAGGCCCA